UUGUAAGUGAUUUAUUUUCAUAUUAUUUCAUUUUUAUGGAAGUCGAGUUUUUAAGCGUUUACUAUUUUUGUACGUAUUAAUACAUUGUACAGUGUACACCUACUAAAUAAGUUUAUUAUGAAGUCAUGAGCGAUAGGUUAUAAUUCACAGUCAUUCCGUUUACGUAAUCAAAGUUUCCUAUUUUUGCAGAUACUCGUCUAGGUUUACCAUUAUUAUUUUUUAGUAAUUUUAGUCAUGGAAUCAGUCACUAAAAACUUUUCUAAUGCACACUUGGGUUCUAAUAACUCAAAUGAUCCUACUGCAGACAGUCGAAGCAAUACUUCAAGUGAAGACGACAAAGAAUUGCCAGCGUCUGAAAAAUCGUUAUUGCAAAAAAUUGUGCGUACGGGUCUUAUAACUUCCAAACAUGAUAUUGAGGUGCAAAGACGAGACCCAAAAUCACCAUUAUAUUCAAUCAAAUCAUUUGAGUUACUUAAACUUCAUCCAAACUUGCUCAAAGGAGUUUAUGAAAUGGGCUAUAAUGCACCGUCAAAGAUUCAAGAAACUGCAUUGCCUUUACUCUUGGCCAAUCCACCUCAAAAUUUAAUUGCACAAUCACAGUCUGGUACUGGAAAAACAGCAGCAUUUGUUUUGGCUAUGUUGAGUAGAGUUGAUCCAGAAUUUCAGUAUCCACAGGUAGUUUGUUUGUCUCCCACAUAUGAAUUAGCUAUUCAAACAGGAGAAGUUGCAGCAAAAAUGUCUACCUACUGUCCAAACAUUAGGCUAAGGUAUGCUGUUCGUGGUGAAGAUGUUGAAAAAGGUUCCAAAAUAGAGGAACAAAUAAUUGUGGGUACACCUGGAAAAGUUCUAGAUUGGGCAACAAAGUACAAAUUUUUUGACCCGAAAAAUAUCAAAGUAUUUGUGUUGGACGAAGCAGAUAUUAUGGUUGAUACUCAAGGUCAUCAAGAUCAAAGUUUCCGGAUAAGAAAGUUAUUACCAGAAACAUGUCAAAUGAUGUUUUUUUCGGCCACAUACACAGAAGAUGUUAUGAGGUUUGCUAAUGCUAUUGCACCUAUGUCUGUCAUCAUAAGAUUAAAACGUGAAGAAGAAACAUUAGAUAAUAUCAGACAAUAUUAUGUUAACUGCAACAAUAAAGAAGACAAAUACAAUGCAUUAGUUAAUAUUUAUGGAGGAGUGACAAUUGGACAAGCUAUGAUCUUUUGUCAGACAAAGAAAAUGGCUUUAUGGCUAGUUAAUCAAAUGGUAGAACAAGGACAUGCUGUUGCUUUAUUAUCUGGUGAACUCACUGUCCAACAAAGAAUUAAUGUUUUGGAUCGUUUCCGAGAAGGAAAAGAAAAAGUUCUGGUUACCACAAAUGUAUUGUCUAGAGGUAUUGAUAUUGAGCAAGUCACGAUAGUUAUUAAUUUUGAUUUGCCUGUGACAGUCACCCGUGAACCUGAUUAUGAUACAUAUUUACAUAGAAUAGGACGUACCGGUCGUUUUGGCAAAAAAGGUAUUGCUAUUAACCUUGUAAGUGGUAAUUCUGAUCAUGCUGUAUUGAAACAAAUUGAAGAACAUUUUUGUAAACCCAUCGAGUGUUUGAAUACUGACAAUGCUGAUGACAUGGAAAAACUGGGAGCUGAAGAUUAAAUUAUACUAAUUGUCUGUACAUUUUUUUUUUUAAAUAUCUAUAUUGAAAACAAAUUAUGUAUCAUUAAAACCUGUACUAAGUAAUAUUAAUUUGAUAAAUAUUUGUUUUUACUUAAAUUAAAAUUUGGAUUCAAAACCUUUUUUAAACAAGAAUUGCUUUUAUAUUGAAUACAUUAGUAUUUUUAUUUUAAAGUUAUAUGAACAUAUAACAUUAUUUUAAUUAAUUUAAUAAAAAAAGAUUCUUUUAAUUUUAUAAUUUUAAAACCAAAUGUGUACAAAUCCCAAAAAAAUAUAUAUAUACUCAUUUA